AUGGCGCCCCGUAAGCUGACAUCGUUGAAAGCUUUGGUCGUGAAGCUGGGUGAAAUUCAAGCUGACCUGGACGAUAUUUGGAAGUUCGUUCAACGUUACGAUGAGGCCACCACCGCGACUGAUGUCAACAUGCGCUUAGAGAGGAUUGGCGAACUUUGGGAGAAGUACGGCGAGACGUUGGUGGAGAUCAAAUGCCAUGACGACUACGACGAGGAUGAUGAGACCUUCAACAAGGAUCGUCUUAUCUACAGCGAUCGAUUCUACCGCUCGAAGUCAUCCCUCACGGACAAAGGGAAGGAGCUACAGGGUCUACCGGAGCAGGAUCAGUCAACGCGUGCUAACGACUCGAUGGUGCAUGGUGUCCUCGACCAUGUGCGACUGCCGCAGAUCAAGCUGCAGUCAUUCAACGGCGACAUCGACGAGUGGAUUAGUUUCCGUGACUUAUUCACUUCCUUGAUUCACUGGCGGACUGAUCUACCGGAGGUGGAAAAAUUUCAUUAUUUGAAGGGGUGUCUCCAGGGGGAACCAAAGGCUCUAAUCGAUCCAUUAAAGAUAACGCAGGCUAAUUAUAAGAUCGCGUGGGAUGCGCUUACUAAGCGCUAUAACAAUAACCAGGUUGUCGAACCAGCGGAGUAUAAGGAUCUCCUGCUAGUCAAUCUUCUCACCAAUCGUUUGGACCCGGUGACCCGCCGAGGUUGGGAGGAGUUUUCCUCCACGAAGGAGCAGGAUACUUUGGAGGAUCUGACGGAGUUUCUGCAGCGAAGGAUACGUGUUCUCGAGUCGCUUCCAACGAAGGCGGCUGAGUCUAGGGGUGCUCAAUCGUGGCAGCAACAACCUCAGAGGCAGAGGCAGUCCACAGCGAAGGCCAGUUACAGCACGAUGCAGUCAUCGUCAGGAGCACGAUGUGUGGCAUGUAAGGAGAGCCACUACCUCCAUCAAUGUGGCGUGUUCCAACGGAUGUCGGUGGCUGACAGAGAUGCCUUGCUGAAAACCCACUUCCUCUGCAGGGAUUGUUUCCGAGUGGGUCAUUUGUCCAAGGAGUGCCAGUCCAAGUUCAAUUGCAAGAAUUGUAAGGGUCGUCACCACACUUUGGUGUGUUUCAGGUCGGAGAAGGAUAGUUCUGCAAAGGUCGCAGCGGUUGCUAGGGGCAACCAUCCUUCAAUCCCAAAGGAGUCCUCCGGAGUCAACGAAGCUUCUGGUUCGGGUUCCUCUCAGGUGGUCAAUAUGACGGCCACCGACAUUUCGGUUUCUGGUGCGGCUCAACAAUAUUCUUCGCAAGUUUUGCUGGCAACUGCGGUCGUCGUCGUGGAAGAUGACCAAGGUGGAAGGUUUCCUGCUCGCGCUCUUUUGGAUUCAGGCUCGGAGAGCAACUUCAUCACGGAGCGACUGAGUCAACGGAUGAAGACCCAACGAGAAAAGGUGGAUAUAUCGGUGCGAGGAAUCGGUCAAGCAGGAACCAAGGUCAAACACAAAAUACAAGCGGUGGUGCGAUCGCGAGUUUCUCCUUUCUCGCAAGCAAUGCACUUCCUCGUUCUUCCCAACGUAACGGUGAAUCUGCCAACUGCUACAAUGCGCACGGAUGGUUGGUCGAUACCCCCAGGAAUCAAACUGGCAGAUCCCGCUUUCUUCGAGUCCAGCAGAGUGGACUUGGUACUCGGUAUUGAAUCAUUUUUCGAUUUCUUCGAAACCGGUCAAAGAAUCAAUCUAGGCGACCAAUUGCCGACGCUGAACGAUUCGGUUUUCGGGUGGGUAGUGUGUGGAGGUUUAUCCAAUUCUAAUCAGGAUCUGCACAUUACCUGCAACGCUUCCACAACAGAGAAACUGGAAUCUCUCGUUGCCCGGUUCUGGUCUAGCGAAGAGGUUGGUUCGGUCAAGGUUCUCUCACAGGAGGAAAAGCGAUGUGAGGAGCUAUUCCAAAAUACAGUCCAAAGGAAUCCCGAUGGCAGGUAUACGGUUACACUCCCGAAGGAGGAAGGCGCUAUUCAACGGUUGGGGGAAUCCAAGGACAUUGCGAUUCGGCGUCUUCAAGGUACGGAGCGACGGCUGGCAAGGAAUGCCACUCUUCACAAAAGCUACCACAAUUUCAUGGAGGAAUACGAGUCGAUGGGACACAUGGAAAAGGUCAAAGAGGCGACCUUAACAACCAAACGGCGGUGUUUCUUACCGCAUCAUCCCGUUUUCAAAGAGGACAGCACUACUACCAAGGUCAGGGUUGUGUUCGAUGCGUCUUGCGCGACAUCGUCCGGUGUAUCGCUCAACGACGUAUUGCUGGCUGGACCGGUAAUACAGGAUGAUCUCAGAUCAAUAAUCAUGCGAAGCCGUACCAAGCAAAUAAUGCUCGUUUCUGACGUCGAGAAGAUGUUCAGGCAGAUUUGGGUACACCCGGAGGAUAGGCCUCUACAGUGUAUCCUGUGGCGCUCAGAUCCUCAAGACGACAUCAGCGUAUAUGAGCUCAAGACCGUUACGUACGGUACCAAACCGGCGCCGUACUUGGCCACAAGGACCCUCAAACAGCUAGCGAUGGAUGAAGGAAUGGCAUACCCCAUCGGGUCACGCGCGGUGAGGGAAGACACCUACAUGGAUGAUAUUAUCACGGGAGCGGACACGGUGGAAGAAACCUGUGAGUUGCGAAAACAGCUAAGCGAAAUGUCGGAGGGAGGCGGUUUCAGUCUCAGGAAGUGGGCAUCGAACAGUCCCAAGGUCUUGGAGGGACUUCCUGAAGACAGUUUAGCGAUUCGAACGGGGGAUGGAAUCAACUUGGACCCGGAUCCGUCCAUCAAAACUCUCGGGCUUAUCUGGAUGCCGAAGAGUGAUCAGCUGAAAUUCAGCUUCAACAUUCCUUCAGUGCGACCAAAUCAGCAGUACAGUAAAAGAGAGGUACUCUCAGUUAUAGCUACGCUAUUUGACCCCUUAGGAUUGCUCGGAGCUGCAAUCACAACUGCUAAAAUUGUGAUGCAGUUGCUGUGGAAAUAUAGGGACAAAGACGAUCGUGCGCUGGACUGGGACCAGCCCAUACCUUCGAAGGUGGGUGAGAUGUGGAGGAAAUUAAUUGGCCAGCUUCCUCUGUUGAACGAAGUCAGAAUUGAUCGCUAUGUCAUCGUUCCCUCGGCAGUUUCCACGGAACUUCAUUGCUUCUCGGAUGCCUCCGAGAAGGCAUAUGGGUGCUGCAUUUACCUAAGAAGUGUGGAUACUGCAGGAAAGAUAAAGGUGUGCCUUCUGUCAUCGAAAUCACGGGUGGCGCCUUUGAAAUGCCAAACUAUCCCACGUUUGGAGCUGUGCGGCGCUGUUUUGUCGGCGGAACUCUUUAUAACGGUUCUGGAUUCAUUAAAAAUAUCCACGCAGAUGUAUUUUUGGACGGACUCUACCUGUGUCUUGCGUUGGAUCAAGGCCUUACCGACAACCUGGACCACGUACGUGGCUAACCGAGUGUCCAAAAUCCAGACGCUCACAAACCCAGAACAAUGGAGGCACGUUCCAGGAAUAGAAAAUCCGGCCGAUCUUAUUUCGAGAGGCCUCAUGCCGCAAGAGAUGACGUACAACGAUUUCUGGUGGCGUGGACCGAGAUGGCUGGAGAAGCAACCCGAAAAUUGGCCAGAACCUCCAGAGCUAUCAAGCGGAACUGAAGCGGACAAAGAGAAGAGACAUACAGCUGUCGCAUGUAUUAAUUCUUCAGCCGAGGAGUUCAACGAAUGGUACCUAGGACGUUCCUCAUCAUACAUCGAGCUCGUUAGACGAACUGCGUAUUGGUUACGGUAUCUGAAUCUGUUGCGUACACCACGAGGUCAACGAAAUCCACCGAAGUUUCUCACAACAGCGGAGCUGAAGGACGCAGAAGUCAACCUGGUCCGGAGAGUUCAGCAGGAAUGUUUCGUAGAAGAAUGGAGGACACUGUCUAAAGGAGACUCUGUUCCGAGAAAGUCGUCACUGCGUUGGUUCAACCCGUACAUAUCAGAGGAUCGGGUGAUUAGAGUAGGAGGGCGACUUGCGCAUUCGAAAGAGCCAGAGGAUACGAAGCACCCUAUGGUAUUACCAGCACGCCAUCAGCUUACCAAGCUGAUUUUACGUUAUUUCCGCGAAAACUACUGCAUGCUGGGCCGCAGUUAUUAUUGGCAACUGUUCGAUUACGUUUCUGGCCGCUGGGAGGAAGAAGCGUGGUUCGAAACGUAG